AUGGGUCCUCCAAGCGGUAAGACUUAUAUGGGAUGGUGGGGUCACAUGGGUGGGCCAAAGCAAAAAGGUAUAACUUCAUAUGCUGUGUCUCCAUACGCUCAAAAGCCAUUACAGGGUAUUUUCCAUAAUGCCGUAUUCAACAGUUUUAGAAGAUUCAAAUCUCAAUUUUUGUACGUUUUGAUACCUGCGGGAAUUUACUGGUAUUGGUGGAAGAACGGUAACGAGUAUAACGAAUUUCUAUACAGUAAAGCUGGUAGAGAAGAAUUGGAAAGAGUUAAUGUUUAA